ACAAAUAUUCACAAGUGAGUUUGUAUCACCUACAGCGAUCACCUAUUGAAUAUAGUCGAAAUUUUCGAAAUUAAAAUUGUAAAAAAAUGAGUUUCAGUGGUAAAGUAGUGUUGAUAAGUGGUGCUAGCAGUGGAAUUGGUGCCGAUGCAGCUCGAAAUUUCGCUCGACUAGGUGCAAAGGUUUCAAUUUUUGGCAGAAAUGAGGAGCGUCUGAAUAAAGUAGCUGAUGAAAUCAAGGAAAUGGGCUGUCAAGUUUUGCCUAUUGUGGCAGAUGUUACUAAAGAUACUGAACGAAUUGUGAAUGAAACGAUCAAAUACUUUGGAAAUUUGGAUGUGUUGGUGAACAAUGCUGGAUUUGGAAUUUACGAUAAUGUUGUUGAUGUGAAUGUCGCCGACUUUGAUCGAGUAAUUGAUACAAAUUUGCGUAGUGUUAUUAUAUUAACCAAACUAUGUGUACCACAUCUCAAAAAAAGAAUGGGAAAUAUUGUCAAUGUGUCGAGCGUAGCUGGAUUGAAACCUGUUCAAAAUUCAAUGUCUUAUAGCAUAUCAAAAGCGGCUUUGGAUCAAUUCACCAAAUGCUCUGCAUUGGAUCUCGCUCCCUUGGGAAUCAGAGUGAAUGCGAUCAAUCCAGGCCAUGUUCGAACAGAUUUUUCAAGACCCUACCUUGGAUCAGUAUAUUCUCCAGAGUUGGCUGAACAUUUAUACAAUGAAGUGGCAAACGGCUAUCCAGUUGGACGCGUAGGUGAAGUAUCAGAUACGAGCAAUGCGAUCGCAUUUUUGGCCAAUAAUGAAACAGCAUCAUUCAUUAAUGGAGCUUUGCUUCUUGUUGAUGGGGGGAUUUCACUUGUAAGCAAAGAAUUGGAUUAGCAUAAAAUCAGUUCUGUACUUUCAUUUUAUGUAACUUUUCUUUGCUUUUCUUCAAUAAAUUUCAAUGCAAUAUGUUUUAUC